AUGGUACCGUAACAUUGUUGCUUCCGAUGUCCAAGCAAUCGGUCUUAACGUUGGCUGAAUUUGUUCUCUCUGGAAACAUAAUAUCGUUGUAAUAGAAAAAGAAAUAUAUUUUUCUUGAAUCUUGAAAGAAAUCGUUUAUUAAUAUCGCUUCUCGAAGGUUAAAAGUAACGAGUGCGAUCAAAUUUAUUCGUAAUGAGUGGAUCGGGAAAAGGAUUACUUGGAAUGUGGUUGUAUAGGAGGACCGAAGGAUGGACCAUCAAGGAAGGCAGUCCAAUACAUAAAAAUCAUGACAUCCCCAUGCUCGAAAGGGAAAGUAAUAGCGAGAAUAAAAAUUCCGUGGUUUUUUCGUUAAAAAAUCAAGUCGGCGGAUUGGCACGAGCUCUUCAAGUUUUUCAAGAUUUAGGCGUAAACGUCGUACACAUCGAAUCGAGAAAAUCACUUCGCCGUGGCUCCGAGUACGAAAUACUCGUUGAUGUCGAAUGCGAUUCCAAAAGGAUGGAACAGUUAAUGAAAAUGUUGAGCCGAGAAGUUUCGGCCAUUAAUUUGGAUCAGUACGAACAAACAGGGAGCAUUCCUCAACAAGCACCCUGCUUGUCGACUGCUCCGAGUUUCGAUUUCACCGAAGUCGACAUGCCUUGGUUUCCACGAAAAAUAUCCGAUCUCGACCAGGCUCAAAAAGUAUUGAUGUACGGAUCUGAUUUAGAUGCCGAUCAUCCUGGUUUCAAAGAUCCGGUGUAUCGUAAACGUAGACAAGAGUUCGCGGAUAUCGCGAAUAAUUACAAGCACGGUCAAGCAAUUCCUAGGAUACAGUAUACUCCAGAGGAGAUCAGGACGUGGGGUACGGUGUUUCGUGAAUUACAUCAGCUUUAUCAGAAGCACGCGUGCAUGGAGUAUCUUGAAAAUUGGCCGAAACUUGUCAAAUAUUGCGGCUAUAGUGAAGAUAAUAUACCGCAAUUGGAGGACGUGAACAUUUUCUUAAAACGAACAACCGGAUUCCAGCUUCGGCCAGUUGCCGGAUAUCUUUCACCGAGAGAUUUUCUUGCAGGAUUGGCUUUUCGUAUUUUUCAUUGCACUCAAUACAUCCGUCAUUCUUCUGAUCCUUUUUAUACUCCCGAACCAGAUUGCUGUCAUGAAUUGCUAGGACAUAUGCCGCUCUUGGCAAACAAAAGCUUUGCACAAUUUUCUCAAGAACUUGGUCUGGCAUCCUUGGGUGCGACGGAUGACGACAUCGAUAAGCUUGCAACCCUCUACUUCUUCACGGUCGAAUUUGGUCUCUGCAAACAAGACGGUACAUUGCGAGUUUACGGAGCAGGAUUAUUAUCUUCCGUAGCUGAAUUGAGACACGCAGUAACUACACCGGAAAAGACAUUUAGAUUCGAGCCCGAAAUCACGUGCAAACAAGAGUGCAUUAUAACGGCCUUUCAAAAUGCAUAUUACUAUACGGACAGUAUCGAGGAGGCAAAAGAGAAAAUGCGGGCAUUCGCAAAUGAAAUUCAACGUCCAUUCGGUUUGCGUUAUAAUCCUUACACGCAAUCAGUAGAGGUCCUUACGGAUGCACAAAAAAUAACGGCCGUUGUGAGCGAGCUUCGUGGUGACCUGUGCAUUGUCUCAAAUGCUUUAAGGAAAAUUCAUGAACAGGACGAUACCGUGGACGUCGAAGGUAUAACGAAUCUCUUGACUCAAGGAAUAGAAAUCACUCGAGAUACUUCAUCCUCUGACAGCGAGGACACCGAUAAGAGUCCUAACGUCGAAGAACGUCAAACCAAUUCUUCGAAAUAAUAAAGUUACACGCGACAUAAUCGAAUAUUCCUAUAUAAUCGAAUGGGCUAGGUGUUGUUUAUUGUCUAUAAA